AUGAGGCAAGAGUCUCUCCACAAGAUGAAUGGCCGCGAUCUUCCACGCAAGAGGCAGCUGAUAGGAACUGGUCUUCUUCCGAGCCAGUACAACAGGAUGACUAACAUCAACAAGUGCGGAAGCUACACAGCAGCAUACUGGUGGAGUCUGGCCCAUUCAUGGCAGAAUCAGUUCGGGCUUUUCGGGUUUGGAGAAGUGGAGGAUCAGAAGUGCCGCGCGCUUCUUUCACAGUCGUCGCCGCCGGUGUUACUUCUGGAGUUGAACAGCAAGCACACAUUCAAUAUGCUCGAUCCCGUGCUUUGUACGGACUUCCUGUACAUGAUGGAUGCUUACCAACUGCAUAUGUCCCGCUGCAAGAGCAGGAAUGCAAUGCCGCUGGCAGCUGUCUUGCAGGGUGCGGGACCUCACCUUUGCCCGGGAGGCAACCAUCACCCCGUGGCUCCUCCGGGAGCCACGCCCUACCAGAUGGCCUCACACGCUUCGUCAUCCUUGUUCGUUGUGCGGAUGAAGGAGUUGUCGAUUCCAAGCGUCGUGGCGAUCACUGGCAACGCAAUCGGCGGAGGAGUGGCCGUGUCGCUCAACUGCACGGAGCGUGUGAUUGCCCAGAAUGGCAGCGCAGCCUUCGGCAACAUCAGCCGAGGUGCGUGUCCGAUCAUGUUUCUGUCGAAGCACCUCCCGCAACAUGUAGGGCUUACGGCUGCGUGA